AUGGAGGACAAUGUAAGUGCACUUACUAAUCCUGAUGCAGUACUCAAAGAAAAUUCGAAAGAAGCAUCUGAUAUAAAUUCCUAUCUGAUCAAACCUUCUCUAGAAGCCAAGUUCAAAGAAAUACCAGUCAAAGAAAUAAUACGUAAUGUUGUAUCUGGCCUGCUUACUGGGAAGUCCUAUGAUGCAGAGAAUGUAAAAAAAUGGACCAUAACUAUAGCAAAUGAGGUGAAUGAUAAGGUAAAAGAUCUGCACAUGAAGAAGUACAAGCACAUUGUCCAGGUGAUAAUUGGUGAAAUGAAAGGAGCUGGUGUCAAAUCGGGAGUGAGAUGUGUUUGGGACUCUGAUGUUGACAGCUUCACUAGUGAAAUUUUCAUGAGCGAUGCCAUAUUCUGUGUGACAACAGUGUUUGCAGUUUAUCUCUAUUAA